GGCCUGGAAAGGGAUUUUUUCAACAAGGAAUUCACUAAUGAUCCAUUUGCUCAAAUAGCUAUGUUUCACUACCCUCCCCACCCUACAUCAAAAGAUGACCCAGAGGUGUGGGGAGUGGGGAGACACACUGAUUAUGGCAUGCUUACAGUUCUUCUCCAGGAUGAUGUAGGUGGACUUGAAGUGGAGACCAAAGAUGGACUGUGGACAGAUGUUCCCCCAGUUCCAGGCGCUCUCAUCAUUAACGUAGGAGACAUGGUAGAGAUCUGGACAAAUGGGGCUUUUAAGGCCCCUCCCCACAGGGUCAAACUGUCAGCAACUAAUCAUAGGCUUUCAGUUGCAAUGUUUUAUGAUCCAGGGUUUGAGAGUGUUAUCUCACCCAUUCCUGUUGACAAAGUUCUAAUUCCUUUAGAAAAAUCUAAGACAAAGCCCUCUUUGGCGUUUCCAAUACGCUAUGGUGAUUACGUUCUGAGUAAAUAUUGCAGCAUCUUACCAGAGAAUAAGCCAUAACAUAAAAUAUGUAACACAUGCAAAGAUACAAUUCUAGAUAAUUUGUUGCUUUUUAUAAGAAUAACUCAUGGUUUAUGAAGUGAAUUAUAGGAUUAUUAAUGCACUCUGUUGCCAAGUAUUGUAGCUACCCCAAGACUUAACACACAGGCAAAUGUUAAACCUAUAACCUGCCAGGUGGAUUUUAAGGCAAUUGAAAAUUUCCAUGCAAAAUUAACCACAAGGGUUAGAAAGCAGUUUAUUUUCCCUUUGGCAGGCAUAAUUUUUGCUAGCAAGUGCUCAGUUUUUUCUUGGUUGAAAAUUAUAGCUGAAUGGUGUGGGACAAUAAAAGUUACUUUUCCAUUUCCCCACCCCAUCAUUCAUUCUUACUUUAACUCAAUUACAUUGCCAGUGAAAUGAACAAAUGCAAGGUUGCAACAUUAGCUUAUCUUGACAUCUGCAUUGAAGGGUUAGUCAAGACCAAAAAAAUAAAUGUUUCCCUUUCCCAGCCUUUUGUAUGGUGUAGAGUACUCAUAGGUCAAGUGAUUCCUCUCAUUGCCCUUAUUCAACUGUCUUUUAUUCAGUGAUCAAGAUAGCAUAUUUACCAUAGGAUACUGACAAUUAGUUAUUUGCAGUGCUUUCAGUAAGAUUUGAAGUAGGUAGCUAUCUCAGGUCAGGUGUCCCGCAAGGGUCACAAUUGGGACCGAUACUGUUCUUACUAUUUGUUAAUGACAUGCCUAAUGUUGUUACCAGUGCAACACUAGCUAUGUUUGCAAAUGACUCUAAAUGUUACUAACCACCAUUCUGAUUUCUUGCAUCUGCAGCAGGAUUUAGAUGCACUUUCAAAUUGGUCUUUGCAUAAUGAGUUGUUUUUUCAGCCUACUAAGUACAGCAAUUUAAGAAUUUCUAGGAAGUGCAUAAGUCCUCCUUGUAGCUAUGUUUUAAAUGGUAUUAAUGCGGAGGUUGUCACAGCAAAAAAAGAUCUAGGUAUUACGAUUGCAAAUGACACCUCUUGGAAAGAUCACUUAGUCAUGAUUGUUGCUAAAGCUAAUAGGAUGCUUGGUUUUCUCAAGAGGAACUGCCCUGGUAUUGUUGGCAGUACGGUGCUUUUGCAUCUUUACUGCUCUUUAGUGCGCUCUCAUCUUUGUUUUUGCUCUCAGUUAUGGGCCCCUCAGUCAAGUACCAGCAAUUUAAUCCUUGUUGAAAACAUACAAAGGAGAGCUACUCGUUUUAUCUUAAGGAAUAGUAACCUAUGUUUUAAGGGUUGUCUAAUCAAGCUUAAGUUAUUAUGGCUAAGUUACUGGUUAGGAUAUCUUGACUUAGUUUUCUUUUUUAAGUGCCUUCAUGGGCUUAUAGAUUUCACUCAUGAAUUUAGUUAUUAUUUUUCUUUUCUAAAGGGCAACACGCGCUGUGCUUCAUCAGGGCUGCAUUUAAAGUUAAAUGCCUGUCGUAUCUCUUCCUUUCGAGACUUUUACUUCAACAGAAUAACUUUGAUGUGGAACAGUUUACCUAAAAAUAUCAAGGAUUCAGAUACUAUAAGCUCUAUUAAAAGUAAACUCAAGUCCUUUUAUUUUACUAGAAUUUUGAAUGCUUUAGAUAGAGACAAUUUUCGUUCUUUUAAAUUAAUUUGUCCUAAGUGUCCCAGUGUAAAUACUUCUUCUGACUGUACUUGUUAAGUUAAGUUAAGUUGUUAAUUUGUAUACUUUAGAAUGUUCUGUGUGAUUUAGAUUAUUUGAAUUGUAGUUUAGUCAGAUCAGGGAAGGGAUCUUUUUCGGGAUAUUUCUUUCCGGGAUAUUUUUUACGGGGCUGGGUGUGGGUGUAUUAACUAAGUAGGGGACUUAUGUUCUAUUGUUAUGCACCUGUACUUGUACUUGUACUUGUACUUGUACAAAUCCAUUAAAAAAAUAAAAUAAGUAAAUAGACCUCUCAGUCUCCUGCUUCUAGCACUGAAUGCACUUUUUGUGAUUGCAAGUUUUUAUUUUAUUUUGUUUUUGUUUUUUGUUUUUGCGUUUUGUUGGUUACUGAGUGAAAUUAAAGAUUUGCAGCAGUGACUUCUACCAGUUUUAUUUUCUGGAAAAACCUAAGCAUUUUUCAUUUCUGCAGAAUUGUUCAUUUACUGUCUACAAAAGAUAAUUAAAUUAAAUCAAUCAGCCAAUGAAUUUAGCUGUUUCCACGACUCGUGUUUCACGUGAUCGUCAACAAUCAUUGUGUAGUCAUCGUGUCUACAAAGUAGCUCUUUUGAACCUUCCUUACAUCUAGAGAAAUCUAGAUCAUAGAAAUUGACGCCCAGCAAGAUGAAAGGACUACAAACAGGUGAACUAAAUUUACUUUAUGAUAUUCUUGCUUGGUUUCAUUCAUUCAUUCAAGAAUAUCAUAAAGUAAAUUUAAUUUACAUGAGCUACUUUUUAGCAAAUGUUAAUUUCAAUGGCAAACACUUGAAGCAGAUUAUAAAGAUCAAUAUUCCACAGCACUUACUGAUCGUCCAUUGUGGAAACAGUGUUUAGACUGAUGGCCGAUGAAGAAUGGGGCAAAUAUGAAAAAAAAAGACUGGGUCGAGGAAGUCAGUGAAAAGAAAAUGGUGGCUUUUUUGAUUGUGCAGGUUGAGCAGGUAGGCUUGAGUCUCUUCCCCCAUUUUUUUUUUAUUUGAUUAUUUAGGGUAGUCCACAGGGUAGUCAGCAGAGUAGUCCAUGGGGUAGUCCGCAGAGUGGGGGUCAGUGGGUAGUCCGUGGAUCGGGUGUCAGUCUUUUCAACUCUCCUGUAAAUGCCUUUUUACAGAGAGGGAAGGUCACCUUUCUUGAAAGGUCUCCCCUCCAGGAGGGUCUUCAAAGGGUACAUAUGGGGGGAGGGGGGUGGAAAAGGGUUUUACAGAGAGGCAAGGUAACAAGGUGAGAUGUGGAGUUUUUUUUUUCCAUCCCUUUCAAAUUUUUGAUCAUGAAAUACUGUUUAACUAAUGCAGGUGUAAACCCCUCCCCCCUUAUCCUCCUUCCUAUUAUCUCGUAAGUACAGAUAACCUUGGGGGAAGGUGACCUCUGCUCACAAGCCUCAAUAUGAAAUACUGUUUAACUAAAGCAGGUGUAAACCCCUCCCCCCUUAUCCUCCUUCCUACUAUCUCGUAAGUACAGUUAACCUUGGGGGAAGGUGACCUUCUCCACUCACAAGCCUCAAUAUCUUUUCUUCAGGGUUAACUUUUUGCUUCAUUUAGCCUGCGAAAGCUAAAGAUUAGGUUAGCCCCCUAGUUGGGUCAGGUUUAAGGCUAAGAGAACACUGUUACACUCGCUAUCACAGAGAUUGUACAUAUUUGAGCAGAGAAAUUCCACAACUUUCCAUGACUUUUUCCAUAACUUUUAAAAAAAUUCCAUGAGCUAAGUUGAGCAAGUGUGCUGAUUGGUUCACUCCAAACAACACACAAAUUUGCAUAAAUGUCAUGCAAGUUUGCAGUGUACACAAAAAUGUGCACAAGUGUAGAUCUUGCAACACACCCUAAUGUAGAGUUUAAUUCUACUGAAAUUAAAUCUUACUUUGGAUCUGCAUUGCUUGGCGCUCACAGAUAACCUGCUGAUUUCCAUGACUUUCCAUGAUUUUCCAGGAACCAAACCUAAAUUCCACUACUUUCAAGGCCUGGAAAAUAAAAUAAUAAAAUUCCAAGACCUACCAUGUUUUCCACAACCCACUCCCAAAUCAGAUUUGUAAUUCUCCUUACUGCCAACCGUACAAUUCUUAUGAUCUUAGUUCAGAGAAUUUAUUACUGGAUCGACGAAUUAUCCAAAAUUGAUAUUUUUCUUUAUUCUCUUCACUUAUCUGGUUCAUAUCGUAUUGAUAUUCGUAUUCAUAUCGUAUUGAGAUUUUUUUGUUUUGUUUCUCAGUUUUAAAAAUCAGAAAAGUCACAAUAUGAUUCGAUGCAGAAAUUUAUUAAUCCACCAUCCCGGAAGGCUGCUCCACCCCGGAAUUAUUCAACGGUAGGAAACUGUGAUUGGUCAAUAUGCGAUGAGGACCCGUUUAUGCGCAACACUGAAAGAACAAUGACUGAUUGAGACUGAGUGUGUGUAAAAAUAUUUACCGACACGUCUGUUUCUCAAUUUACCUGAGCUUGGCAAUGGAUACAAAAAUUCCAGUUAUCGAUUUGGCUAACUUUGAAAAAGGCCAGCCGACCGUAGAGCAGACGAUAGAAAUUGGAAAAGCUUGUUUGGAGUUUGGCUUCUUUUACGUCGUCAACCAUGGAAUCGGGGAAGAACUAAAAGGAAAAGUCUUUGAAAAACUAUGGCAAUUUUUUAAUCUCUCGACUGAGAAAAAAGGAGAAAUUCACAGACGUAACGGUUUCCGUGGAUAUUUUACGAAAGGAGAAGAGCACAGCAUUGAGUAUGGCUGCGUUGAGUGGAAGGAAGGGAUAUAUUAUUUUCGUGAAUUUAACGAUGUACCACAGGGAAGAAGAGAAAGAGCUUUCUGUGGCUCUAACCCUUGGCCGAACGAUGAAUAUGUCCCGAGAUUCCAGAAAGUAAUAUGGGAGUACUUUGAAAAGACUCAGGCAUUGGCGUCAAAAUUGCUGGGCUGCAUGGCGAUAUUUUUAGGUUGGUACUGCAGAAAAUUGAAAUUUGUUAGUCGGAGACAUGCUGGCCGCUACGUGACGGAAUGCUCGAGCAGGCCCUCUUUGGCUAAGAUUUUAUCGACAGGGUUCCAAGUACAAAAACAAGUCCUUUUCACCGGUGAAUUUUCACAUUAAGGUCCUCUCUGAACUCAAACGUAGUGAUUUCGAGAGUUGAACGAAUAGAGUACGUGCCAGUUGCACUCACUGAGGUCAUUUAUACUUUACAUUCCAGCUAUACGUGAUCUCUUUGAUACUUGCAAAAGUUUCAUUUUCUUGUGAAUGAGUAUGGUUGCCUACCUCCUAUUCCCUCUCUCGGUGUGAAAUGAGUACCGGGUAUUAACUUUUCUCUCACGAGUGACCGAGACAGAAUUUCUCCUUACGAUAUCGAUGUAAAAUCAAGCAGACGCGUCAUUUAGAAAAAAGUAAAUUAAGGGUUACUAAUUGAUACAAUACCAAAUUCUCUUAACUAACAUCACCAGAGUUGUAUGGCAGACAGUAGGGAGAAUUACUAAUGAGAUGUUAAGAGUGAAAGGGUUGGGCAAUGAUACCUGACAAACCUCUCUGUCUGUUUACUCUUUUGCAGGCCUGGAAAGGGAUUUUUUCAACAAGGAAUUCACUAAUGAUCCAUUUGCUCAAAUAGCUAUGUUUCACUACCCUCCCCACCCUACAUCAAAAGAUGACCCAGAGGUGUGGGGAGUGGGGAGACACACUGAUUAUGGCAUGCUUACAGUUCUUCUCCAGGAUGAUGUAGGUGGACUUGAAGUGGAGACCAAAGAUGGACUGUGGACAGAUGUUCCCCCAGUUCCAGGCGCUCUCAUCAUUAACGUAGGAGACAUGGUAGAGAUCUGGACAAAUGGGGCUUUUAAGGCCCCUCCCCACAGGGUCAAACUGUCAGCAACUAAUCAUAGGCUUUCAGUUGCAAUGUUUUAUGAUCCAGGGUUUGAGAGUGUUAUCUCACCCAUUCCUGUUGACAAAGCUCUAAUUCCUUUAGAAAAAUCUAUGACAAAGCCCUCUUUGGCAUUUCCAAUACGCUAUGGUGAUUACGUUCUGAGUAAAUAUUGCAGCAUCUUACCAGAGAAUAAGCCAUAACAUAAAAUAUGUAACACAUGCAAAGAUACAGUUCUAGAUAAUUUGUUGCUUUUUAUAAGAAUAACUCAUGGUUUAUGAAGUGAAUUAUAGGAUUAUUAAUGCACUCUGUUGCCAAGUAUUGUAGCUACCCCAAGAAUUUACACACAGGCAAAUGUUAAACCUAUAACCUGCCAGGUGGAUUUUAAGGCAAUUGAAAAUUUCCAUGCAAAAUUAACCACAAGGGUUAGAAAGCAGUUUAUUUUCCCUUUGGCAGGCAUAAUUUUUGCUAGCAAGUGCUCAGUUUUUUCUUGGUUGAAAAUUAUAGCUGAAUGGUGUGGGACAAUAAAAGUUACUUUUCCAUUUCCCCACCCCAUCAUUCAUUCUUACUUUAACUCAAUUACAUUGCCAGUGAAAUGAACAAAUGCAAGGUUGCAACAUUAGCUUAUCUUGACAUCUGCAUUGAAGGGUUAGUCAAGACCAAAAAAAUAAAUGUUUCCCUUUCCCAGCCUUUUGUAUGGUGUAGAGUAUUCAUAGGUCAAGUGAUUCCUCUCAUUGCCCUUAUUCAACUGUCUUUUAUUCAGUGAUCAAGAUAGCAUAUUUACCAUAGGAUACUGACAAUUAGUUAUUUGCAGUGCUUUCAGUAAGAUUUGAAGUAGGUAGCUAUCUCAGGUCAGGUGUCCCGCAAGGGUCACAAUUGGGACCGAUACUGUUCUUACUAUUUGUUAAUGACAUGCCUAAUGUUGUUACCAGUGCAACACUAGCUAUGUUUGCAAAUGACUCUAAAUGUUACUAACCACCAUUCUGAUUUCUUGCAUCUGCAGCAGGAUUUAGAUGCACUUUCAAAUUGGUCUUUGCAUAAUGAGUUGUUUUUUCAGCCUACUAAGUACAGCAAUUUGAGAAUUUCUAGGAAGUGCCUAAGUCCUCCUUGUAGCUAUGUUUUAAAUGGUAUUAAUGCGGAGGUUGUCACAGCCGAAAAAGAUCUAGGUAUUAUGAUUGCAAAUGACACCUCUUAGAAAGAUCACUUAGUCAUGAUUGUUGCUAAAGCUAAUAGGAUGCUUGGUUUUCUCAAAAGGAACUGCCCUGGUAUUGUUGGCAGUACAGUGCUUUUGCAUCUUUACUGCUCUUUAGUGUGCUCUCAUCUUUGUUUUUGCUCUCAGUUAUGGGCCCCUCAGUCAAGUACCAGCAAUUUAAUCCUUGUUGAAAACAUACAAAGGAGAGCUACUCGUUUUAUCUUAAGGAAUAGUAACCUAUGUUUUAAGGGUCGUCUAAUCAAGCUUAAGUUAUUACGGCUAAGUUACUGGUUAGAAUAUCUUGACUUAGUUUUCUUUUUUAAGUGCCUUCAUGGGCUUAUAGAUUUCACUCAUGAAUUUAGUUAUUAUUUUUCUUUUCUAAAGGGCAACACGCGCUGUGCUUCAUCAGGGCUGCAUUUAAAGUUAAAUGCCUGUCGUAUGUCUUCCUUUCGAGACUUACUUCAACAGAAUAACUUUGAUGUGGAACAGUUUACCUAAAAAUAUCAAGGAUUCAGAUACUAUAAGCUCUAUUAAAAGUAAACUCAAGUCCUUUUAUUUUACUAGAAUUUUGAAUGCUUUAGAUAGAGACAAUUUUCGUUCUUUUAAAUUAAUUUGUCCUAAGUGUCCCAGUGUAAAUACUUCUUCUGACUGUACUUGUUAA